AUGGAGGCCGCUGGUACGAGUAGAAUUACAGAACUUCAUGAACUUGAUGAGUUCCGUUACCAUGCUUUUGAAAGCACCAGGUUGUACAAGGAAAGGAUGAAGAUCAUGCACGGCAAGAAUAUUCAAGGGAGGAUUUUCAAACCCGGAGAUGUCGUGUUGUUGUAUAAUUCAAGAUUGAAACUAUUUCUGGGAAUUGAAUCCAAGGAUAGAACGAAUAAGUUUAGAGUUAAUGGGCAAAGGUUGAAACAUUACCUUGGCAUUGAGGAGGAAAAAGUUGUAUCGGUGAUUCAUUUGAAGAAGCCUCAAUUGUUGAGUGAACCUUAA